GUAACUUCUACUCAGUACUCAGUACUGUGUGCAUGAUCAAUACUUUUGACGGUCUUCAAGCCCCACUAUAUCUCGUGGCGCUCAGGAACUCUCGCUCUCUCCACUUCCACCACUCUCCAAGAAGCCUCAGGGAUCCAAUCCACGUCACACCUUUUUCUGGUUCGCUUUUCCCUCUUUGCCUCUUUUUUUCAUUCGGGGUUUAUUCCAUUUUGGCCUUUUUUUUCUUCUCUUUUCCGCUCAAACAAAGUUUUACCCCUGCGCCAUCGCGGGUCAUCGUUCGGUUGGUACACCGUAAUCGCCAGGCACUCAGCCCGAUGACAAGGCCGAUGCGUGGGUGACUUGCCCCCCCCCAAUUUGUCUAUAUAAUGGCCUUCAUUCGCACGUCUCAGAUCGACUCUUUCUUUUCUGCAUCCAUCGACACUCUCUUGUUCGUACGGUUUGGUUUUAGAU